UGACUCUCCCUGUAUAACCCAGUAUAACACAGGUUGCGGACCUGCUGGAGGGCCUCCGCUGUAUGCCGCUCCCUUUGCAGUGUGAAAGCAUCUUUGAGGUUCCGGUCCGACACUGGCUGGUGGCCCCGGCCCUGCAGAAAAACGGCCAGUACUGCACCAGGAAAUCUCCAACCCUGGAUGAAGAGCAAGAGGAGGAGGAGGAGGAGGAGACGACAGAUGAAACUGACAAAGAGGUGACCACAGAUGGAAGUCCAGCCUUCGGGAGUGUUCCUUAUAUCGCCAGACCUCACCCUGUACAGUUAAGCCAUACAGCGUUCCUGGUAAAACUGAGGAAGUGUGUUCAGUAGCUGCUCUUCCUUUAAGGAGCCCUGGAUGAAAAUGAUAUCAUAUUCUAACCCUACUGUAAAUAAUCUGUAAAUAAAACAAAUGAUGUGAUGUCAGUGUUUGCUUUAGUAACAAAUCUCAAAAAGAUCAGUUCAACCUUUUAUUGAAAACUCAACAGGCAUCAUUUGUAUCAUUUAAGGGGCACAACAGAAACAUCACUAACACACACUCAGUAGAAUUCCAGUACAGUGAGCGACAUGUAUUUAUCAGUGGCCAAACUUCAAUUCAUUCAAAAGUGACUUUUUCCCCCAUUUUUAAUAAGUGGUUGUCCAAAAAAUACUGAA